UGUGCAUGGUUUUUAAGGGUGCACCAUUUCGUUCGUGAGCGAAUGGUAAAUAUGUACAACACACUAAAUAUCUGCAUUAAUCGUGGCCGAGACACAUAAUUUAUCGUUGCGCCGAUUCGCGAAACGCCUUCCGUUGUUAUUUAUUAAUAAUAAACGUUGCGUACGCGCUCCUUACAACAAAAGGAUGAAAAUUCGAUUACAUUUAGUGCGCUUCAUGUACAUAAAUCUACUGCUAAGCUGCUGUUUCUGGCUUUAUGACAACGCUGCUGCAGCAGAUGCUGCAACAACAGCAGCAACAGGAAAUGCAAAGGCAGCAGCAGCUGCCAGUCAGGCGGACCAUCGAGUGGACAGACCGCCUGCCUCCUUAGAAGGGAUAGUCAACGAAGAGAAGGUCGCCAACUCGUUUAGAACAAACUUCAUAAAACUUACAAAACGUCGUCAGAAGGCAGAAGAUAACGUUGACAGUGUGAUGGAAAAGUUGGCAAGCAACACGCCAACAACUAUUGCGAGUGCGAGUGCAAAAAAAACUAAACCGACUGCUGCUGUAAGAGACACGUCAGUGAAUUUAAAUGCCCCCAGUGUAAAUAUCAAUAAUGAUAAUAAUAAUAACGAGUAUAUUAGCUUAGUGCAACACAGUGAAAAUGAUAAUAAUAAUAAUGAUAAAGAUGCAGGGAAUGAAGGGACAGCCCAAGUGCCAAAAAAUCAAUUAAUCAACAAUGUUAAUACUAAUAAUGAAAAUUAUCAUAAUAUAAAAACAAAAACAAACACAAAUGCAGAUGCAAAUGAGCAAGUGCAGCAAGCAAGGCAAGUUGGCGAUGCGGUUGCAGCAACAACAACAAACAAAAAGCAGCAACAACAACAACAAAGCGAGCAACAACAGAAAGAGAAAGAGAGCCUGCCCAAGAUCAUUCCGGAGUUGCCGGCCGUAACAGUAACGACCGAAUUGCCGGUGGAGGUUGAGCAGGUCAAGGAUCGCUUGGAAGCGGUCAUAUUGCCGAAUGCGCCGCCUGCGCACGAUUCAAGCAACCAAAGCGAGAGUCAACAGGCGAGUGAAGUACUCGAGGGUGCCGAGAAAGUAGUUCAAAAUGCUGAGCAAAAGUUGAACGAUCCGGGCGGAGGGUUAGAGCUGGGCACCGGCGAACUGAAUGCCACCUCGGAUGCGAAUGCGACUGGUGACAGUGGUGGACCGAUCGCGUCAAGUGCGGCCAGCAAUGCCAGUGUCGAGGAGGUGCCGAUGCCCGUCUUCUCGGAGUGGGCGCAAAAGCAAAUGGAGGCCGAGGCCAGUCGGGAGCAGGCCAUGGAGCUGGAGCAGCAGGUGGUCAACAAUUCAGCCCAGCGUCGCAAUGCAACCGGAUCGGGCAGUGGAAAGGCGCCAUCGUUAAAGACGCGUGCCAAGAAUUAUGCAUCGCCCGACUGCGGUGCCAAGAUAAUUGCCUCGAACGGCGAUGCCACGAAUACGGGCGCAGUUCUCAGCCACUCUAGCGAUGAAUAUAUGCUGAGCACCUGCGGCAGUCGCAUCUGGUUUGUGGUCGAGCUGUGCGAGGCAGUCCAGGCCCAAAAAGUCGAGUUGGCCAACUUUGAGCUUUUCAGUUCGUCGCCGAAAAAUUUUACGGUUGCCGUUUCGAAACGUUUUCCCACUCGAGACUGGAGCAAUGUGGGUCGCUUUGCCGCAGAGGAUAAGCGAACGGUGCAGACGUUCGAGCUGCAUCCGCAUCUAUUUGGCAAGUUCGUGCGAGUCGAUAUUCAUUCGCACUACUCCAAGGAGCACUUUUGCCCCAUUUCCCUGUUUCGCGUCUUUGGCACAUCGGAGUUUGAGGCAUUUGAAACAGAGAUUCGACACAGCGACGAACUGGAUGAUUUUGACGAUGACUUUGCCGGACAGGAGCAGCCGCACAAGCAACUGCAAGGCAAUGCCAACAUUUUUCAAAGUGCCUCCGAUGCCGUCAUUCAGAUGGUGAAAAAAGCCGCCCAGGUUCUGGUGAAGCCAACGAAAGCCUUACGUUCGCCAGAGUCGCUGCACUGUUUCACACCCACAGCUGGCAAUUACAGCUGCCAAAGCUGCAACUCUACCGUUGUGGAGCGCAUUAAUAAUCUGCUCUCCUGUCAGUCGGAGCAGUUGCAGCAGCUGCUCCAGCUGCCACAGCUGCGGGCACAGCUCCUACGUACACGUAUCUGCCACAUAGAAUAUAAAAUCAGCUUCGGCUCGGCAAGCAUCAAAGAGCAGCAGGCAACGUGCAGUGGUAUGGAUAAGCGCCAGAGCUUCUACCUGAGCAUUCUGCCGACGGAGCAUGUGGGCGCCAUGUGCAUGCUUCUGCAGGCCGAGUACAACAGCAUAACGGCAGAGCAGCCGGUGAAGUUGCCUCAGGCGGCGACCAAGCAACAGCAGCAGCAGCUGCAUUUUAAUGUGGCCGAGCAACUGAAUGAGAAUGUGACCACAGCUGAUCCGGCCAAGGAAUCGGAAGCUGUAAAAACUACUACGCCGAAAGAGCCUUUGCCAGCAGCUGACACGCUCAGCCCGGAAAUUGUAACCGCCGAAACAUCUGAAGCGCCCAAGACAACAACCACAACUGAAGUCAAUUUUGAACCAGUAGCCACAAUCGAGGCACCACCAUCGGAUGUGAAUAUAUUUAAUGUACCCACGGACACUGAGAAAGAAGUGCCCACAACAACUACAGGCUCAGCGGCGUCCAUUGUGCGAGACGAGGCGGGGACCCCAACGCCAGCAGGAACACCCAUGGAUGUCAAAGAGAUGGAGUUGGCCAUAAAUCCUGAUAGUCCAGUGACGACCAGUGAGCAAUCACCAACAUCAGCUACCACAGUCGAGUCAGACGGUGGCGAUUUGGUGGGGAGUGGAAGUGGAUUGGAUGACAGCAAUCUUGCCAACUGGGAGAGCAUUGAUAGUCUGCUAACCACAACGGUGGCAUCGAUAACUGCUGGUGGUGGCGCCGCUGCAGCUGCUGCGGCUGUGGUCAAUGGCAAUGCCCACAUCGGAAGCACAGGCACUGCAGCAGGAGCAGCAGGCGGUGUAGUGUCAGCUGGUGGUGCAGGUGGCAUCAAUUUGCAGCCAAAACUAACAAACGGAGCCCAAUCUGAGAGCGUCUUCAUAAGGCUAUCAAAUCGCAUUAAGGCACUCGAACGCAAUAUGUCGCUGUCUGGCCAGUAUCUGGAGGAGCUGUCGCGCCGCUACAAGAAGCAGGUGGAGGAGUUGCAGCAGACGCUUACACAACAGACGCUAACCGUGCGUACGCUCGAGGAGCAGAGUCGUCGUUACAUUGAGCAGGAGCAAAUGUAUCAGCAGCAGAGCGCCGAGCUGGCUGGCGAUGUCCGAGCGCUCACGUACCAGGUGCAGGCCUGCAUCUUUGUCAUCAUCAUUGUGGGCACCUGCAUCUUUCUGAUGCUUGUCGUCGGCACUGUCUACUAUCGCAAGUUGCGCCACCAGAACCAGCAACUUCAGCCGCUGGUGGCAACAGCGACAACGGACUUAGCCAAUCAAAAGUUGAGUCGUCGCAAAUCGUACGAGCAGAUGUUGCAACAGUCACCCGGCAAGCAGCGGCGUCCCAGUGAGGAGGCCAUGCUCAUACUGAAUGGGUGCGGAGAUGUGUCCGUGGUGGACCCAUCUGAGGUUGCCAAUAGCAAUAGCAGACAGCGUAAGAUAUCCGUUUGCUAUGGCAGUAACAACAACAUUGCUGGCAACGUGUUCAACACCAGAACAUCGCUGCACAAACGGAAGGGUGCAAAGCACACAUUUCACGCAAGCCUGGAUUCGGCACAGGUUGUGUACUCUGAACAUCCGGACAAGUUCUUCGAUGUGGAUACGUUGAAAAAUAACAAUAAGUUGCCACACAAGGCGGCCAAAAAGAAGUCCCAGCAGCUGUACCAACAGGAGCUAAAGCGUCAGGAUUCGGCGCCCGCCAAUUGCACACAGAGUAGCCUCGCGGAGGAGGAACCAACGCAAAGCGAUUUCGAUGAAAGUCUCAUUCUGGAUGACGAAGAUCUGUGCAAUUUCAUACCCAACAGCGAUUUGGCCUACAACGAAUUUAUGCCGGAUGGCCCUUCCGGCUAUCAGAUUGUGGACACUGUUGACGGCAAAUCGGAGAAGUCUACGAAGAAAUCGCGACGCGUUUCUUCGCCCGCGUUCUUCAAGUCGCCGUUUAGCAAGAGCAAGAACAAAGGCAGCAAUUUGAAUGGCAUGGGCGGCGUUAAGGGCAGCCAAUCGGCGCAUGAGGCCACAUCCUGGGAGUGGUAUCGUCUCAAGCGCAACGAGAAGCACGCCAAACAGUUGUCAGUUCCGAGCGUAUCGCUGACACCCAAUGCCAGUCUGGACAGCUCAUCCCUGUCGGAGAUAAAUUUUCCGUUUAAUUCGACGCAAAACUCAUUUCGCAUACUUGGCGAGGCCAUAAUGUCCUCGGGCGAGACAAAGGCCACGGGCAAGACAGAAGGCAGCAGUAGUAGUAGUGGCGCCAGCACCACCUCAUCCACAACGAAGAAGAAGCAGCGGGCUUUCAAUAACAUUUUUCGAAAGGUCUUCUGAUGAGAAUUCGUUUCGCUUGUAGGGUGUUUUAAUCAUAUAUUUUACUAAUUUCCUGAGUAGUUUUCUUCUCAAUUGUGUUCUGCAACAUCAAUUAGACUGUUAUUUUCGUAGAUAAUAAACAACAAAAAAAUUGUAAAUGAAACACACACGUUUUCUAAACAAAAAGAUUAUCGAGCAAAAAGAUUAAUUUCGUUUCUCUCAAGAGUUCCUUAGUGUUGCAGUAAUAUGCAAAUGACUGUAAAACAAAUUAAUUAUACCUUCAUGAUUUUUAGAUGUAAUUCAUAUGCUCGCUGCUUAUACAUGUAUAUAUGAAUAUGUAUUCAACGCAUCAAAUAAUGAAUGCGAUUAUUUCACGAUAGGCAUAUAAGUUAACUUAAUAUUCCAAGCCUUGUAAGUUAUGCAGAUAUCGGCUGCAAAACUUUGCCACAUUAUUUUGUUAUUAGCAAUUUAGCAA